AUGAUAGUGGACAAAUAUGUCUUCAGUAAUCGUUGUACCUCUCAAUACACAACAACGACUUCGUAUUCCAAUGCUACAGUUGUAGUUGCUUCAACUAUAACGUAUGAAUGUGGUGGUGCCUGUCAAGAUUUGCCCGGAGCUCAACUCUAUUCAACAUCCAAUAUCAAUAAUAAUUGUACGCUCGCAUUCAGUACAACUGCUGUUGGUUAUUAUGUAGUUAGUCAAGAUUCAGCAGAUUAUUUUCCAAUACUUGCGCUUAUUUUGGGCAUCGGUAUUCCAUUAUGUCUUAUGCUAAAUAUAUUGAGUUGUUCGUGUUUACCGCAAUGGCUUGAUCAAACAUUUUUGUAUGUUAAUUAUAUUAUUUUUGUUUUGAAAGAAAUAUAA